UUUAUUAUACGAUUUCAGUGUUUCAGUAGGACGAGUUUCCCAUGAUGCAUUGGGGUCUGGGCAGGUUUAGUUUCACUUUCCCUCUCAGUGCUGGUGAGGGUUUAGUUCCAGCCGAGUCACUAUCAUGGCCCUGCAGGUUCUCCUCCUGUGUCUCCUCUCCGUGUCCUCGUCUCUCGCCGCGGUGACGCAACCGAAAGACCAGGACCGGUCCUCCUUCCCAAAAUCCACCAGCGGAGAGAUCUUCCCCUGGAACAAGAUGAGGCUUCCUCAGACUGUCUCUCCAUACCAUUACACCCUCCUCAUCCACCCCAACCUCACCAGCCUCGACUUCACCGGGAACGUCAAGAUCCGAGUGGACGUCCUUCAGGACACGCACACCGUCAUCCUUCACGCCAAGCAGCUCAACAUCUCCAGGGCCGGUCUCCGGGGUUUGUCUGAAGGUCGGAGCCAGGCGCUGAAGGUGCUGGAGUAUCCGGCGUACCAGCAGAUUGCUCUGGUCAGCGAGCACAUGACGCUGAGGAGAGGAAGCAUCUACGUCAUCGAGCUGGAGUUCGCAGCUGAACUGUCCGAGAGCUUUCUAGGGUUUUAUAAAAGCACCUACCGCACCAGUGAUGGACAGGAGAGGGUGCUGGCCUCCACGCAGUUUGAGCCGACGAGCGCACGAGCAGCUUUUCCCUGUUUCGACGAACCUGCCUUCAAAGCCAACUUCACUAUUCAUAUUCGCCGAGAGAGCAGACACAUCGCCAUCUCCAAUAUGCCCAAGGUGAGGACGCAGGCUCUGCCGAACGGACUGUUUGAGGAUCAGUUUGGUGAGACUGUGAGAAUGAGCACCUACCUGGUGGCCUUCAUCGUGUGUGACUUCCUGUCCAUCAGCAAACGCACUCAGCAUGGAGUCGAGAUCUCAGUGUAUGCUGUUCCUGAGAAGAUAAACCAGGCCGAGUUCGCUCUGGACGCCGCGGUGAAGCUGCUGGACUUCUACGAUGAUUACUUUGACAUUCCCUACCCUCUGCCUAAACAAGAUCUAGCAGCUAUUCCGGACUUCCAGUCAGGAGCGAUGGAGAACUGGGGUUUGACCACCUACAGGGAGUCGGCACUGCUCUUUGACCCUCACAAGUCCUCUGCCUCCAACAAGCUCGGCAUCACCAUGAUCAUCGCACACGAGCUCGCUCAUCAGUGGUUCGGUAAUCUGGUGACGAUGGAGUGGUGGAACGAUCUCUGGCUAAAAGAGGGCUUCGCUAAGUUCAUGGAGUUUGUGUCUGUUAACAUCACCAACCCCGAGCUGCAAGUGGAGGACAAUUUCCUGGAUAAGUGCUUCGAGGCGAUGGACGUGGACUGUCUGAGCUCGUCUCACCCUGUGUCCUCCCCCGUAGAGAACCCGGCUCAGAUACAGGAGAUGUUCGAUGACGUGUCUUACGACAAGGGUGCAUGUAUCCUGCACAUGCUGAGGGAGUUCCUGAGCCCUGAUGUGUUUAAGAAGGGGAUCGUUGCUUAUCUGAAACGCUACAGCUACCAGAACACCGUCAACACACACCUGUGGGAGAGUCUGACCGCUCAGCACUCCGACGUCAAGGUGGACGUCAGGGUGAUGAUGGACACGUGGACCCUGCAGGAAGGCUUCCCGCUCGUCACGGUGGAGGUCAGAGGUCGUGAAGUGCGUCUGAGUCAGGAGCGAUACCUGAAGGGCGGAGACUCGUCCCAAACCUCUGGAUUUCUGUGGCACAUUCCCCUGACGUACGUCACCAGCAGCUCGAGCACAGUGCAUCGCUUCCUGCUGAAGACCAAGACAGACGUUCUGUACCUGCCCGAGAAAGUGGACUGGAUCAAGUUUAACGUGGACAUGAGCGGAUAUUACAUCGUCCAUUACAAGGGCUCAGGCUGGGACAACCUCAUCGCUCUGCUCACCCACAACCACAUGGCUCUGACCAGCAACGACCGCGCCAGUCUUAUCAACAACGCGUUCCAGCUGGUCAGCGUGGGGAAGCUGCCUCUGGACAAAGCUCUGGACCUAACGCUGUAUUUGAGCCAGGAGACCGAGAUCAUGCCCGUGACGCAGGGCUUCAGAGAGCUCGUGCCACUCUACAAGCUGAUGGAGAAGAGGGACACGCUGGAGUCACUGGAGAACCAGAUGAAGAGCUACAUCGUGCACCUGUUCCAUAAGCUCAUUGAUCAGCAGUCAUGGAGUGAUGAUGGAUCGGUGUCUCAGAGAAUGCUGCGCAGUUACCUUCUCCUGUUCGCCUGCGUGAGGGGUCACCCGCCAUGCGUCUCCACUGCCAACGAGCUCUUUAACAAGUGGAAGGAGUCCGAUGGCAAAAUGAGUCUUCCUAACGACGUGAGCCUGGCGGUAUUUGCAGUUGGAGCUCGCACAGAGGAAGGAUGGAACUUCCUGUUUGAGAAGUACCGCGAAACGAUCUACACUUCACUGAAGCUCCGCAUUAAAUCGGCUCUCUCCAUCACUCCGCUCAGUCACAAACUGAAAUGGAUGAUGGAGCAGAGUCUGGAGGGGUCGGUGAUGAAGACGCAGGACCUGCCGUACGUCGUGGUGUCCAUCAGCAGGAACCCGAAAGGUUAUAAACACACCUGGGACUUCCUGAGGGCCAACUGGGACGCGCUGGUGAAGAAGUUCGACCUCGGCUCCCACUCCAUAGCGCACAUGGUGACGGGCGUGACCAACCAGUACUCCACUAGAGAGAAGCUGGAGGAGAUUCGCAGCUUCUUCGGGUCUCUGAGUGUCGAGAUGGGCUCCGAGCUGAGGUGCAUCCAGCAGACGAUCGAGAACGUGGAGGAGAACAUCCGCUGGAUGGACAAGAACCUGCCGCUGCUGCAGGCCUGGCUGGAUAAGAACCAUCCGGAGCCACAGAAGCGUUUGGACCUGCACACUGACCUGUGAAGACGGAGCGCACGGGACGGCUGCGGUUCCUAAAUAUUUGGGGUUUUGUUAUUCUUUUGUUUGGUCUGGAGAAAGCACUUUUAUGAUUCUGAAGGUAUGCGAGUUGAGUCAUUUCUGAGCCUGAUUAAUUUUUUUUGGUCGAUGUAUAUUUUACGAUUUAUUUGUUUGCUUUUGUUUUUAUUAUCUGUUCUAUUUAUUUUGCCCCUGUUUUGUUGCAGCUUUUAUUUUUUUUAUCAUGGAUUUAAUAAACUGACCAGAAAAUGUAAGAAGCUGCUGCAUAAUUAUUACAGAAGUACGGAUUAAAGGCAAUAAAAUAAAUUUUUAAUCAUCUGUUUCUGAAGAGCCGGCUUUUGCGACCUGGACAAAAACAUCCAUCUUAAUUCAGUAUAAAUACAAACGACUUUUCUUUUUAAACGAUUCACCAAAUGUCCUGGUUCUGAUUUUACAUCCUGGUUUUGUUUAACACUGUUUUGCCGGUUUGUGUUUUACAUUGUAGUUUUUCUUGCACUGAUCUCGGUGAGUAAAGUGUUGAUUAGAUUUGUGAUUUGUGUUUAUUAGAUUUAAAAAUUUUGAAAUAAAUCUCACCUUUUUAAACUAAA